AUGUUUAAAUCAGUUAUUAGAUCAUCAGUUCGUUAUCAAUCAACUGUAGCUAAAACAGUUCCAAGACCAUUAUCAAACGCUUAUGUUGGACAAUUAGAAAAAAGAUGGGAAACUUUACCAAAAGAAGAUCAAACUGCUUUAAUAGAUGAAUUAAAAACCAGAAUGGAAUUACCAUGGAAAGAAUUGACUUCUGAAGAAAAGAAAGCUGCUUAUUAUAUUUCAUUCGGUGAAUGGGGACCAAGAAAACCUUUAAAAACUGAAACUCAAAAGAAACAAGUAUUUUGGGGAGUUAUUGGUGGUUUAGCUGCUGGUGUUGGUUUAUUCGCUGGUAUUAGAUCAUUAGGUCAACCAGGUCCUGAAACUUUGAACAGAUCAUGGCAAGAAAAAUCUGAUGAAUAUUUGAAAUCUAAAAAUGCUAAUCCUUUCUCUGGUUAUUCACAAAUUCAAUAA